GAUGCAUCCAGCCUCUGGGGUUAAGGUCGGGAAGAAUAGACGAUUCCCAGAUCACGGCAUCAGACCACAUAGGUAACUGGGAGGCCAGGCUGGCGAGGCUGGAGCUAUCUGGUUCUGUCAACGCCUGGAUGGGCACGAAUCAGAAAUCAUGGAUCCAGGUGGACCUCCAGAGACCCACUCUGCUCCAUGGGAUUCAGACCCAAGGUGCCAGAGCCUCUCUGGGCCUGAAGGACUACUUCAUCGUGCACUUCACCCUCUCCUACAGCCUAGACCAGGAGACCUGGACUAACUACAGGGGGAACAGUACCACGCCAUCCUACAUAUUUAACGGUAACCUGGAUGGCUCAAAGGUGAAGGAGAACCAUCUGUUUCCCCCAAUCCUGGGGCGCUACAUCAGACUGCAUCCUGUCACCAUCCAGAGGAACCCUGCUCUUCGCAUGGAGCUGCUGGGCUGUGACCUCAACAGCUGCUCCUUCCCCCUGGGUCUCCAGAGGAGGUCGGUUCCAGACAGCAGCUUCAGAGCCUCCUCCUUCCUGCAGACCUGGAGGCUCUCUUGGAGCCCCGCCCUUGCACGCCUCCGCCAGGACGGCAGCGCCAACGCAUGGCGCCCCAAGGUCAAUAACCCCCAUGAGUGGCUGCAGGUGGACUUCCUGGUUAUAAAACGCAUCACAGGGGUUGUGACUCAGGGGGCGUGGUCUAUUCUGACUCAAAUGAUGGUGACAGAGUUCUCCGUAACCAUUAGCGAUGAAGGUCACUCCUGGUCCAACGUGGUUGACGAGGAAUCGCAAAGAGAGAAGAUCUUCUUGGGGAACAGUGAGCCAGAUGAGGAGAUGCUGAACCUCUUUGAUCCUCCUCUAUUCGCCCGCUUCAUACGGAUCCACCCCAGAGGCUGGGUCAACGACAUAGCCCUGCGCCUGGAGUUCAUGGGCUGUGACACCCAGCAGCGUCUCUGAGAAACAGAGACAGGGCAGGGGGCCCCACUGUGCAGCUCCACACUCAAGCCCAUCUCAUCAUCAUCUCUUCCCUAGAGAAUAUUUAAUGAGCAUAUCAGUGAUGUGAUGAUCAUGAAAUAGUCAUGUCAUUGAUGGAUGAACAGAGUAAGUGAAUCUAGGUAAAAGGUUUGUUUAGCUAGGUUCACGGUCAUAUAUGAUAUACUGUUGUAACUGUCUAUUGAUGAGCUUCAGCUGAGAAUGACUCUUAGGUCUGGUCACUCCACUAUCAACACAUUACGUCAGUUUAUGAAGAUUGACACUCACGGACAGUUUGUUCGUCUCAUUUACAAUGUAUACUGCUACUAACACUAUGACUUCUGACAUUCCAGCUGUGAUCAACCACAUGUAAAUAGUACAAUUUAAUUCUUCUUUUCUGUCUGGAUGGAUGUAUGCACAGUAUACUAUACAGUACUGUACAUGCAAUAUAUCAUAUGCACUGAGGGGAGAGGGAUUUAGUUUAUAUUGUUAAAUAAACAGAGGUCACUGUU